AUGAAAGACGCGGCUCAGCAGCAGGAGCCCGUUUCUGCGAGACAGACACAGGUGCACCGAAAGAGCUCCAAGCCCGAGUCGCCACCCUUCAUCUUCGACAACCCUCGAAUUCAGCCCAACACUUACUGCAUGGUCAAGUUGCCGUCGGAAAACUUCCGAGUGGUCAAGCUGAUUCCCAACCAGACCAUUUCUAUUGGCAAAUUCGGCUCGUUUCAGGUCAACGACAUCCUAGGACUGCCCUACGGUUACACGUUUGAAAUCCAGGAAGACAAACGACUGCGGAUCAUCCAGGAGGGAGUGGACGACCAUGACUACGUAGUGGGAGCCAAGGGAGCGCUGCUGGAACCCGAGGAGACCAACCAGACGCUUAUUGACACUUCUGAGUCACAGACUCUGUCAAUGGCCGAGAUUGAGGAGAUGAAGAAACAGAAAACGCUGUCAGGAAAGGACAUCAUCGACCAUGUUAUCAAGGGCCACAACGAGUUCCACAAGAAGACCGCCUUCUCCAAGGAGAAAUAUUUGCGAAGAAAAGAGCAAAAGUACCUGCGACGGUUCACUCCCCAGCCUAUGUGUUCGUCCCUGCUGCUCGAUUUCUACCUCGAGAAGGAUUACAAGAAGGUGCUGGACAUGAGCCAAGAGAUGCUGGCCCUUCUGCUGAGUAUGGCUAAUGUUCGACCUGGAGGCAAGUAUUUGGUUGUUGAUGAGACUACUGGUGUUCUUACCGCGGCGCUUAUGGAGCGAAUGGCUGGAGAGGGCCUUAUUGUCGUUGCCCACGAGAACGAGCACCCCAACCUCGACGCUCUCAAGUACCUGUCCAUGCCCACAGAGCUCCAGGAUCGAAUGAUCAAAAGCAUAAACUGGCUGCAAUUCUUUGAGCCCGAGGGCGAGGAGGAGGUGCCUGAGAAGACCCCCGAACAGAUUGCGUCCAUGAAGCCUCGAAACCGAGGAGCAUAUUUCCGAAAGCGAAACCGGUGGCUGGAGCUUCAGAAUGUCAACGAUCUGGUGGCCAACCAGGGCUUCGACGGCCUCAUUGUGGCUUCUACUUUGCAUCCCGCCUCUAUUGUGGACCGAACAUUGCACGCAAUCGGAGGCUCUCGACCUGUGGUUGUCUACUCCGAGUACAAGGAGGUGGUCACCGAGGUGUCACAGCUCAUGCUCAAGGACCUGCGGGUUCUUGCUCCCUCUAUCUGGGAAUCUCGAGUUCGAAAGUACCAGACAAUUCUCGGCCGAAUGCAUCCCAGCAUGACCUCGAGAGGCGGAGGAGGAUACCUUGUGCAUGGAACCCGAGUUUUCCCUAACGAGGAGGUCAAUGCCACCCAGGUGCGAAACAGAAAGAGAAAGCGAGAGGAUGGCGAUAAAACUAAGUCUUCGGAAACUGAGGGCAAGUCGGAGGAGUCCGUGGAACCUGAUACCGAGCAAUCGGCCGAGCCUGAAGCCAAACUAGAGACUGAUGCUGACGCCUAA